AAAAUCAAAGAGGAGAGAAAAGAAGCUAGAAUAGAAAGAUCGAUGGGUGCUUGGUUAAGGGCAUGCGUUUUGCUCAUCUUCCUUCUCUUUUCCCAAGCUUCUCUCCAAACACAAGCUCAGAAAUGUAAGCCCAGUGGCAAAUUGAGAGGUAAGAAAGCACCCAAGGGGCAAUGCAACACUGGGAAUGACUCUGAAUGCUGUAAAGAGGGCAAGAUUUACACCACAUACAAAUGUUCACCACCUGUGUCGAAACACACAAAGGCUGUCUUGACAAUCAACAGCUUCGAGAAGGGUGGAGAUGGUGGGGCCCCAUCAGAAUGUGAUAAUAAAUACCAUAAAGAUGAUACACCUGUGGUGGCACUCUCAACUGGGUGGUUCAAGGCAAACAACCAAGGGAGAUGCCUCAACAAGAUAAUCAUUCAUGCCAAUGGGCGCAACGUGGAAGCUAUGGUUGUCGAUGAGUGUGACUCGACUGUGGGGUGUGAUGCAGACCAUGAUUACCAACCUCCUUGUCCCAACAAUAUCGUUGAUGCCUCCAAAGCUGUUUGGAAAGCUUUGGGAGUGCCGAAAAGUGACUGGGGCGAGUUGGACAUUACUUGGUCUGAUGCUUGAAUUGUAUACAUGCAUCAAGGGAUAGGGAUGUACCCAAACAUUUGCUCAUAGCUGUGCAAAUGUGUGUGUUCCUGGUCUGCACGCAUAUCACAAUUUGGCAUUUGAAGUGUGUUUUUAUUUUAUUUUACUUUUGAAUCCUUCUUCUUUUG